GCCACAUGGAGCAGUGUACCUGUCAUUGUAAUGAAUGAAUGAGAAGACGGAGGAGGAAUGCAGUGUUUUCGGUUGGAAGUUUCUCCCCAAAAGUUUAUGCGGCCAGUGAGUUCUCACGGCAUCGACACUUCGGCAUGACGUCGGAAAUAAAUGUCUGUAGAAAAGAACACCUUGUCGUCCGUGUUUAAACUGGAGGGGAGCUACAGUGAGAACUCAGCCUGCUCGGCGCGAGGUGACGAGAUGAGGAUUUACGCCUGCCGUCGGCGGAGCUGCAAGCAAGUUUCCUAGCGUUUCAUCGCUCUCAAACGUAAAGCAGAUAAGACUGUGCCAUACAUCAGAGGCUGCAGCAAGCGUCAAAAGGAGUUCAGGAGCAUAGCGUGGUCGAACCAACAAGAAGGUCAGAUUCAAAACAAGUUGAAUGUGAAAAAGUGGAGCGACUUCGCCAACUGCUUUAAGGAACUCUAUAAGUGCCAAAACGGUAAAUUUUCUGGUGUUGUGUACAUGUUUAUGUUUUAUAGUCACCUUUUAAUUGUUGUUGUUAUUUACUGUUAAGCUAUUUUAAAGUGUGCAAAAGAUUUGAAUUGCUGAUAUAACCAAUAUUGGUAUAACUUGUGUUAAGGAAAAGUGUUUUUCAAUUCAUAGUUAAAAUUAAGUUAAAAUAAGUUCAUUAGCAUUCUGAAAAGGUGUUAAUUACAAGUUAAGGCAUUCUAAGAUAUUUAAAACUAAACAAAGGCUACAAGGUUAGUUAAUUAUUGUUACUGCUUAUGCAACAAAUUAGUAAGGUUCAAGUUAAGCUAGCUAAUUAAUUGAUUUUGACUGAAUUUAAGCUUCAACAUCUAAACUGCUUCAGUCAAUGUAAAACAAGCUUAUGAAGAGUUGCGCCAACAGAUUACCCCUAGUGGCGACACACACCACAGAGUGGACACUUGCGAUGCGGUUUCAAGGCAUGUUUUGGAACAAGCAGGGAAACACCUUGAAGGUCAAACCUCUUAUAAGGAAGAAUCCUGCUGGCCUGAAACUGAUUCAGUGUUUUCAUCUGCAACAUCUCAGAAGUACAGUUUGAGUUCUGUAGGCAGUUCAAGCAUAAGAACACAGCUUUCAAAUCGGUCCUCUAUAGUGAUAAAAGAAGCUGCAGCAGAGCUAGCUGCAACUCAUGCUACUUUAAAGGUCUUACUAGACAUAGAACAUGAGAAACAAGAGCUUGAAUCGCUUGAAGCUGCAGAUAGACAAAAACUUGCACUACAAGAAGCUGAAAAUGCUGCAAGGAAAAGAGCUUUAGAAGAAAAGCGCAGAGAGAUAGAGCGCUUAGAGACAGUUAAGACAAUGAACACUGCAAAGGCACGACUCCGAGUCUAUGAAGAAGAAUGAACUCAGACGUAGAGAUAUCACAAUUGCUGCAUGACUGCAAGCUAAUGCAGGAUGCACCUGCACUUAACUAAAAUCCUUCAGUGCAUCACGUGGCAUCAACACGAGAGGUCACACAUGCACAACCUGCUGCCAGUGCCCGUCGAGAUGGCACUGUAGCACUAGCCGAAGCAAUAGCAGAGUCCAUUAAUGCAAGUCGUCUUCCAGUACCAGAACUGUCUGUUUUCACCGGCGACCCAUUAAAGUACAAAGACUGGAAAAUGUCUUUUCAAACACUGAUAGGAAGAAAGAACAUUCCAGUGAACGAGAAAGUCUACUACCUUCGUAAGUAUGUUGGUGGUCCUGCAAAGAAAGCCACUGAGAGUUAUUUCCUGCUAGGUACAGAUGCAGCUUACCAUUCAGCAUGGGACAUCCUGGAAGAAAGGUAUGGAAGUUCUUUUGUGAUUGCUAAAGCAUUCAGAGAUAAGCUCACUUCCUGGCCAAAGAUAGCACCCAAAGAUAGCAUUGAACUAAGAGAAUUCUCAGACUUUCUCCAGGGCUGUCAAGCAGCAAUGUCUCAGAUUAAGAGCCUUCAAGUCCUCAAUGACUGCAGCGAAAACCAAAGGAUGCUCGCCAGGCUUCCUGACUGGCUGAUAGCCAGGUGGAACAGAAAGGUCAUUGAAACUGAAGAAGCCACCAAAACAUCCCCUAGCUUCAGUCAGUUUGUGGAGUUUGUAACGAGGGAGUCCAAAAUAGCUUGUAAUCCUGUUACUUCUCUUCAUGCUCUGAAAUCUAGUGAUGAUGAAAGGGUGAAAACACCAAAGGCUCGAAAUAUUGGUGCAAAGGUUCUAGCAAGCAGCACUCAAGAAAAAUCAGAGGCUAAAGUGUGUUUCUUCUGUGACAAGUCAAACCAUGCGAUACACAACUGUCGAAAGUUCAUGGAAAAGUCAAUCACAGAACAAGUCAACUUUGUACAAACAAAAAAAUUAUGUUUUGGAUGUUUGAAACCAGGACAUCAUUCAAAGAACUGUGAUAGAAGGAGUGUGUGUGAAACAUGUAAAAGAAAACAUCCAACAUGUUUACAUGAAGACUGCACUAAGUAAGAUGAAAGGAAAGAAGAACAUAAUAAGGAACAAAACAAGAAUGGAAGACACUAAAGAGAAGGAAAGGUCAGGGGAAGGAAUUGAGUCUAAACAGGCUAUUGAAACAUCAAAUGAAGCAACAUCUAAUCGGAUGGUGCAACACAUGAACAACUCCUACACCUCCACAGUUAUUCCAGUGUGGUUGUCAACAACAAGUAGCCCAGAGAACGAAGUUCUUGUAUAUGCUCUUCUGGAUAACCAAAGUGACACCACUUUCAUCUUGCAAGAAAAGGAAACUCUGAAUACACAGAAAGAGCCUGUGCAGCUAAAGCUCUCCACGUUGUCAUCCAGAAGUACUGUCAUUCCAAGUCAGAAGUUAACUGGGCUGCAGGUCAGAGGCUUUUAUUCAGCAAAGAGAAUUCCUCUACCAGUUACUUACUCAAGAGAGUUUAUUCCUGCUAAUCUAAGUCAUAUUCCUACACCAAAGACAGCAAGGGCAUGGCCUCACCUAGAGCACCUCGCUGAAGAGAUUGCGCCCUUAAUUGAGUGUGAUGUUGGUCUGCUCAUAGGUUACAACUGUUCACAGGCCCUGUUACCUAGAGAAGUUGUGUCAGGCAAAGACAAUGAGCCAUUUGCUCAAAAAACCGACCUUGUGUAGUUGGUUGUGUUGAUCCCUGUGUUGACUAUGGAGAUUCAAUCGGAAGCAGCCACAGGAUCUUUGUGAGACAAGUGAAACCCUAUCUUCAGUCCGCUGAUCUCACAAGUGAAGUUCAGUACAUAAGCCGAACACAAGUCAAAGAAUUAGUCACUCCACCAGAUGUAAUAAAGGUGCUUGAGUCCGACGUCAAUGAAAGGACCGCUGAAGAUGCUCACUUCUCUCAAGAGGAGCUGCGUUUUCUAACAACAAUGGAGGCAGGAAUCAAAAUCAAGGCGAAUGGUCACUAUGAAAUGCCUCUACCAUUUAAGGAAGACAGACCAAAUCUGCCAAACAAUAGGAUAUGUGCAGAGCACCGUCUCAGUUGAUUAAAAAGAAGAUUUGAGAAAGACAAGCAAUACCACAAGGACUAUAUAGCCUUUAUGAGUGAAACAAUUGCUCGAGGAGACGCUGAGACGGUCCCCGAAGAUGAAAUUGAUCGUGCUGUGGCCUGGUACAUCCUGCACCAUGGGGUGUAUCACCCACAGAAACCUGGAAAGAUAAGAGUCGUGUUUGACUGCUCAGCAAAAUUUCAAGGCAUGUCAUUUAACGAUUACCUGCUCACAGGGCCAGAUUUAACAAACACUUUGGUUGGUGUUCUGUGUCAGUUUCGCAAGGGUCCAGUCGCAGUAAUGUGUGACAUUGAACGUAUGUUCCAUCAGUUUCAUGUGCGAGCAGAAGACCAAGACUACUUGAGAUUUCUCUGGUGGGACAACGGAGACUUUCUAUCUCAACCAUCAGUUUACCGUAUGAGAGUGCACCUGUUCGGGGCAGCCUCAUCACCUGGUUGUGCAAACUAUGGCCUCAGACACAUCGCAGCUCAAGGACAAAGUCAUUUCAAGGAAGCAACCAUUCGCUUCAUUGAAAGAAACUUUUAUGUUGAUGAUGGUCUGACAAGUGUAUCAACAAAGGAUGAAGCAAUUCAGUUGGUUAGCGAAGCAAGAGAGCUCUGCAGCGCUGGCAAGCUACGAAUCCACAAGUUCAUUUCCAACUGCCAAGAGGUACUUGCCUCAAUUCCCAAGGGAGAGUGUGCCGAAACUGUACAAAAUCAAGACUUAGCUUUGGGUGAGGUACAGAUCAAGAGAGCCCUAGGUGUUAAAUGGUGUGUCAGUUCAGAUCAGUUUGGUUUCAGAGUAGUGGUGAAUGAGCGCCCACUCUCUAGAAGAGGAGUUUUAUCAACUGUGGCCUCCAUCUACGACCCGCUCGGCUUUGUAGCACCAUUCAUUUUAAUUGGCAAGCAAAUACUUCAACAAAUGUGUAAGGACAAAAUCGGAUGGGAUGAACCACUGUCUGAUGACCUUCGGCCAAAGUGGGACUCUUGGUUAUUGGACCUUCAAAACCUAGCUGAAGUAAAGAUUCAGAGAUGUUACAUUCCAGCAAGUUUCAAAGAAGUUCAAGAAUACAAACUGCAUCACUUCUCAGAUGCAAGUGUCACCGGGUAUGGACAGUGUACCUGCCUGCCUGCCUUCAGCAGCAGUUGUUGCUGUUCGAACAAGUGACAUGCUCAGAAAGGAGUUGGAUAUAGAAGCUCAGGAGUUCUUCUGGACGGACUCAAAGGUCGUCCUUGGUUACGUAAACAAUGACGCUAGACGGUUUCAUGUCUUUGUAGCAAACUGCAUUCAGCGAAUCAAGGAAAGUUCAAAUUCAAGUCUGGAGACACGUGACCUCUGCAGAAAAUCCUGCGGAUCAUGCAUCCAGAGGCCUCCCAGCGAAGGAGCUCAUUGCUUCUAACUGGUUUGCUGGUCCUGACUUUCUCUGGCAUGACAAGCUUCCCAGUGGAGAUAUCAAGGUGGGAGAUGUUGCAGUUGAAGAUCCAGAAAUUCGUAAGGCCUUUGUGCACAAGACCAUGGCAACAAAGGAUACACUGCUCGAUCGCUUCCUAAAGUUUUCCAGCUAGUCACGGUUAGUCAAUAGCUAUUGCUAGACUCAUUAGACAAGUCAAGGAGCUUAAGGGCUUGAUACCAAGGAACAAUGAAGACACAAGUAUCAAAGAGAGACAGGAUGUGGAAAUAACUAUAAUACGUACUGUCCAAAGAGCAGCCUUCACUGAAGAAAUCCAAAGUCUUCAAAAGAAGAAAGACUUAUCAACUAAGGACAAGUCUAGCAGACUGUACAGACUAAAUAUCUUCUUAGAUGAGCAAGGAAUCCUGAGGGUGGGAGGUCGGCUAGAACAUGCUGCUUUGCAUUCACAUAUCAAACAUCCAGCAGUCUUGUCAAAGACCAGCCACAUAUCAAACCUCCUCAUCAAGCACUAUCAUGAACGAGUGCAGCAUCAAGGGCAUGGCUUAACAAUGAAUGAGCUACGAUCGAAUGGCAUUUGGAUACUUGGGUGCAGUCAUGCUGUGUCAUCAUACAUCCAUAAAUGUGUAAAGUGUUGGAAGUUCAGAAGGUGCCCUGAGCAACAAAAAAUGGCAGACUUGCCUAGUGAGCGCAUGGAGACAACUCCUCCCUUUACAUAUUGCGGGAUGGACUGCUUCGGCCCAUUCUAUGUCAAGGAGGGAAGAAAGGAGCUGAAGCGCUAUGGUCUGCUGUUCACAUAUCUGUGUUCUCGUGCUGUGCACAUAGAACUACUCGACGACUUAACGACUGAUGCUUUUAUCAGUUCUCUUCACGCUUUCAUUGCUCUACGUGGAAACGUUCAGCAACUUCAAUCUGACCAAGGAACUAACUUUGUUGGUGCCAGACGUGAGUUCCUGGAAGCUGUGAAGGAAAUGGACCAAGAAUGCCUAAAGCAACUGGGCUGUGAAUUUGUCAUGAACACUCCAUCUGCAAGUCAUAUGGGUGGAGCCUGGGAAAGGCAAAUCAGGACCAUAAGAAGUGUAUUGACAUCCAUUCUGGAUCAGUCAUCCCGAAGACUUGAUGGUCCCUCUUUGCGAACUUACUUCUACGAAGUCAUGGCAAUCAUAAAUAGUAGACCUUUAACAACAAACUUACUCAAUGAUCCAGCUGGGCCACAGCCUCUUACGCCCAAUCACAUCUUGACAAUGAAGUCUUCGAUAAUCUUGCCUCCACCUGGAGACUUUGUGAAGGAAGACCUCUAUCUUCGCCAAAGAUGGCGUAAAGUGCAAUACUUAGCCAAUGAAUUCUGGUCCAGAUGGAAGAAAGAGUACCUGUUAAACCUACAGCAAAGACAAAAAUGGCAUAAGACACACAGAAACGCAAAAAUCGGUGAUAUAGUGAUUGUGCAACACGACACUGCACCAUGAAAUGAAUGGAAGUUGGCUAAUGUCACAAACGUGUACCCAGGUGAAGAUGGAUGUGUGAGAUAGCUGAAAUUGCUGAUCAGUGAUUCAGCACUGGACAACCGAGGACAGCGACUCAAUAAGCUGGUCUACCUAGAGAGGCCUAUCCACAAAACAGUUACUCUUCUUGAGGCUGAGUUAUGUAACUUUGCAGUCUCUAUCCUACUUCAGGUCUCACAAAACCUUUGAGUUUUUUUUGAUGCAAGUUAAUUAGGAAAUCACCAGUGAUUUGGUGGGAGUGUAGCUGUCAUCACAAUCAAGUAUUCAAUUUAAGUUCAUUUAAUUACUUUUUGGAUUAAAAAUAGGAAUGAUUUAGUUAAUCAUUUUUUUUGCUUAGAAAUAAGUUUAAAAAGAUUAAAACAUACAAAGUUGAACAUAUUCUGAAAAUGGAACCUUUCUUGUGGAGCUGAUGUUGUUGUGCUGUUGUAGUCAGGUAGAUUAUUGAGAGACACAUCAAUCGCCACAUGGAGCAGUGUACCUGUCAUUGUAAUGAAUGAAUGAGAAGACGGAGGAGGAAUGCAGUGUUUUCGGUUGGAGGUUUCUCCCCAAAAGUUUAUGCGGCCAGUGAGGUAAAAAACUUAUGUUUAUUUUUUCAUUGUGCUGUUGUUUGUGUUUAUUGUGCAUUUCUUUAAUUGUUAUUGUAAAUUUGUACUUCGACUUAUAUGUUGUAUAUUUAUUUAUUUAGUUCUCACGGCAUCGACACUUCGGCAUGACGUCGGAAAUAAAUGUCUGUAGAAAAGAACACCUUGUCGUCCGUGUUUAAACUGGAGGGGAGCUACACCGACAGUACCCAAAAAAACAUAUAGAUGAGAGAAUUUAGAUUGUGUUGUUUUACACCAGGGUCCAUCUAAAUAAUUCCUAAACACUACAUACGCUACUUCUACAAAUGAAUGAGUCCUUAACAUGUGGGUACCUUGUCUCCAAGUCAGUUUAUGAGUCACAUCAGCUGAUGUAUCAAGUGCAGCACAGAUUUCAGACAACAGUAAGAGAUUAUUCAAUUGGUCUCACAUAAUAAUUUUCCCUCAUGUCUAUACACAGUGAUGGUGGAUAAGGAAUAAUAUGUUUCAUAGUAAAUCAGACCUGUUAAACUAAUCCAUAGGCUGUAAAGAUUUGAUUCAGUGUGUAUAGUGAUGCAUAAUAGUUCUAUAGCGGUUGUUGGAGGAUGCAGCAACAGGAGGACAAAUUUGAUUUUCUGGUCUAUCGUAAUGUUAAUGCCGUUAAUUUUAAAACCAUUUCUCUCAUGCAAGGCGGCUCACUCCUACAAUAACCCAAGAUCCAGAAGACAUUACUGCAAAGAAGGUAAAAUGGCCACUGCAGUGGAGCUGCAGUGAAAACAAGCAAAGCCAAGAAUCCUGGGAGAGGAGACUGGAGAUGUCUAAAUGUGCUGCUUAGAAACCAUCAUCUCUGGGCAAAGCAUCCCUCCAGUCAAAAGGUUUCCCAGAGACUAUGGGUUGAGGAGGAAUUGGAAGUUUGUCGGCUUAGACCUGGUGUCAUUCCAUCAGUGUUAAACUUCCCGGCUCAUCUUGGAAGAGUACGUGCCAGAAAGACCACGACCAAGCAGCCUUGAGAUCUUAGGCAGCGUCUCCCUGAGGCCAAAGAACUACAGACUCUUCACAACCUGCUCAAACUCUUGGUACAGGACCUCACCACACGGGUCAAGAAGGUUUCUGUCUCAUUUCUACUCUGAAGCUCACCUUCUCCUGCUCAAACUGCUGACAAAUGUUCCUGCUGCUCUAAAGUCUGGUCUCCAGAACUUCCUAAAAACUCUCAAAGUCUCUUCUGCUGCAGGUUGCUUUGUAGAACUGUUGCAGAAAACCUCACUAAACCACAUGGAGGGGCCUCAAGAUAGUCGUCCAAAUGAAACCAUACAAAAACCAAACUAGCACAACCCAAACGCUAAAGUCUCCUGCAGCCUACCAGAGAACCUCUGAGAACAGAGAAUCAGGACAGGAACUCUUACCUUCUGGACAACCAACGUUGGUUCUCAAACAAGAAUACAGAGUGUGUCUGACCAAAAACCUCUAAAGACUCACUACAGCCAAGAUAAAGACACAACUCAGCUGCAGCAAAUCCACUAAUCACUGCACACAUUGGCACCAUGUGCUAACUGUGGCUAAAGAACCACAUUUACCAAGACAACUAUCCAGUACAAAGCCCUAAAACACACCAAGAAACACAUUAAAGCCUAUUUUACUGCUGGAAGCUGCAAGCCAACGCCUAAAGUUCAAACUGAAGCAACGGAGCCAAACCCAGUUCAGUGGUGAACAGAAGCAGAGGAAAUGUUUGGCUGCAGCUAAAUAAAGCAGGAAGACACUGAGCUGCUCAGGUGUUCCUGAUAACACCAAGCAGCCACCUGGACAGCCAAUAGGAACACAGCUUACUGGAAGUCCAGAGGGCUGGGUUAGUGAAGGAAAUUUAGUUUAAAGUUGAAGCAGAAAGUUAACAAAGAAAGUUGAAAACCACCUUCUGAUCCCUGAAAUCUCUGAGUUUUCACACAAAGAACACCUGAACAUGUCAAACUGGUUUCAUAGUAGAACCAUCAUUGUAAAAACGUCAUAGUAUGGUGUGUUGCUCAAAAAACAUUAGGACCCGGCUGUCAGGGGACAAACAUGUAAGAAACAUGAGAACAGAGAGAACCCAACCAGUAGGUCACAGUUUAUCAUCCCCCUGUCAUCUCCUGAAGUCCAUAUGGUGAGAGACAUCAGUAUCUGGUUGUUAAUUUACCAGAGGAUGCUUAUAAUCAUGCUGAUGUGGUCUGUACUCUACAGUAUUUUAGUGACUCAAUAAAUUCCUAAGUUGUUUUUUUUUUUUAAUGCUUUUCAGUUUUUAAUAAACAUUUAAGAGCCUAUAUGUAAUCAAUAAAUGGCCUUUGCCUAUCUUAAGAAAAAUUCACUCAGAACUCUGAUAUGUUAACAGUAUUAAAUAAAUCAAUAAAUGCAUGCAUACACACAAAAAUAAGUUAAUACAUUAACUGUGUUAAGAUAAGAUUUAGAUUUUAAAAAGUUGUUUAUGUUUUUGCAGAAUCCAGUAUUGCUCACUGGUUGGUCAUUACAUUUUGUUAGUUUGAUUUCACUGUUUAAAAUGAUGCCACCUCUUUUCAGACAGAACCUGUGAUAAUAAAACAAUACAAAAUUUUUAGUUCUGUGUUAAUAAAGCACUUAAAGCUUUAAGUAUGGCUAAAUGCUUUUAUCAAAAUUAAAUAUAUCACUCCUUAGGUGGUAGUGGCCCCAAGUUCAGUAAAGUUGGAAAGAUAUUCACAGAUUCGGGCUUCCAGCAUCAAUAACUAGUUAGAUAUAGGUUGUCAAAACAUAAACGGUGCCUCUUUCCCAUUGUUGCAAGGCAGACAAUGUGCUACAAGCCCAGUUUUAUCAAAAGUAGCUGUCUUUCAAGCUACAGGAAUAACAUUGGUGUCUAUGGAGUGAACAGGGUCCGUCUGCAAUUUGCAAAACCACUGCAACAGUAAAGAGAGACAAAUAUUCAAUAACUUCACUCUUAUACAUUGUAGUGUCACUAAAAUCACUGCAGCCUUCAACUGGCUCCUGUUGACAAAGUGUUUUAACAGAAAUGUAAAUGCUGUAAUUUGAUUCUUUUAAUGAACCAUGUAACUUGAAUGGAUGUGAUGCUGGUGUGACCACAGUGCACACGUCUGAUGUUGCUCACAGUGGUCCAAGGGACGCUCAGGGAGUUUGUGUGUUUGCUCACACUCAGGAAAAAUUACAGGGAACAUUGGUUAUAGGGAUGAUUGGAAUACAUGUUCCCUUACAUUAACAAGUUCUGUCAUCAGAGUCAAAUCUGAUUAAACAGGGCUGCACAAUAUAUUGUUGUGUGCAACAGUCACACCACAGGAAGUGCAAUGUGAAGUGAGGCAACUUGACUCAAAAACAUCGUGCGACAAAAAGUGCCACCGCUUUCAUUUUCCAUGACUAAUGCACAAAAGAAGUCUGUCUGAUAGAACAUCAUGUAUUCUGGUUUCAGACGUCUUGGAAACAAUGUUUGUUUGUAGCUUUAUUUACAUCGCACAGAGCUUGUUGACAUACAAGCUCCACGUCUGCACAGCAAAAUGAUUCAGGAAUAGGAGAGAAAAACUAAAAUAAAAGAUUUGGUUGCCAGGAUACACAGACGCUCUAGAUAUAGCUGCAUAUAGAAAACAACCAUGUAGAUAUGAUGACUUGGUUUGAGCUCAGGUAAAUCUGACAUUAAAAUGUCUUAUUUGAGUCUCUGCAAAGUCACUGUUGGCCACAAACCUGUCUGACUCGCUGCACUGCAGUAAUUAAGUGGAGGUUUCGA